GGAACUCUGAAAUCACACUAACUUAGGUAAACAAAGAUGGCUACUUCUUUGCACUCUUUCUUCUUCAUUUCUUCCAUUCUCUUCACUGCACUACAUGUCUCCCAAACACAAGCCAAACCCUCACCAGUAAAGGGACUCUCAUAUUCUUUCUAUUCCAAAACCUGUCCCAAACUUGAAACCAUUGUCAGAAACCAUCUCAAGAAGGUCUUCAAGAACGACAAUGGCCAAGCUCCUGCCUUACUCCGCAUUUUCUUCCAUGAUUGCUUUGUUCAGGGAUGUGAUGGGUCGGUGCUGCUAGAUGGAAGCCCGGGUGAAAGAGACCAACCAGCAAACGGAGGAAUAAGAAGUGAGGCUUUGGACACCAUUGAUGACCUCAGAGCUCUUCUUCAUAAGGAGUGUGGAAGAAUCGUUUCUUGCGCAGAUAUCACUGUCUUGGCAGCACGUGAUGCUGUUUCUCUUACAGGAGGCCCUGAUUAUGCAGUGCCACUGGGAAGACGAGACGGUGUAAGCUUCAGCACAUCAGGAACAAGUAACCUCCCCAAACCCUUCAACACCACCGGCGCGACGCUCGACGCUUUCGCCGCCAAAAGCUUCGACGCCACCGACGUGGUGGCCUUAUCAGGCGCGCACACCUUUGGGCGUGCACACUGCAGCACCUUCUUCAACAGGCUCUCCCCUCUGGACCCCAACAUGGACAAAACCCUAGCGAAGCAACUCCAAUCCACGUGCCCAAAUGCAGAUUCCGGCAACACAGCCAACUUGGACAUCAGAACUCCCACAGUGUUUGAUAACAAAUACUACCUCGAUUUGAUGAACCGUCAGGGAGUGUUCACCUCCGACCAGGACCUGUUGAGUGAUAAGAGGACAAAAGGGUUGGUGAAUGCUUUCGCUGUUAACCAAACCCUUUUCUUUGAGAAGUUUGUGGAUGCUGCUGUGAGGCUGAGUCAGUUGGAUGUGCUGACCGGAAACCAGGGUGAGAUUCGUGCCAAAUGCAACGUCGUGAAUAGCAAGAAGUCUGUGUUGGAAGAGGUGCUGCAAUUUGUUUAUCAGUUUUGAGUGGAACUGUAGUUUGUGAUCUGUGCAUGUAGUUCAUGUUCUGUGACGUUGUCUUUUGUUAACUUUUUAACUGGUGUUUUUAAGGAAAUGGAUGUCCUGUUUUGCAGAUUGUUGUUUUUGUGUUUAAUGUAUGACUGGUGUUAAGAGAAUAAAGAGCAUACUUGGUGUCUAA